CCCACCUUCCCCCGUGCCGCUGUCGGCCGGAUCGCCGCGGUGUGCCGUGUUCGGGGGUUGGCUUUAUCGGCGGAGACCCGGGGCGGGGCGGCGCGCGUGUGUGAGCGUGUGUGUGAGUGUGAGGAGUGUGAGUGCGUGUGCGUGGGGAGCCGCCCGGAGCAUGCGCUGCGUGGGGCGGCGGGCGGCUGGCGGCGCCGCUCCUCCCCGGCAGCCGCGGCGGCAGCCACCGAGCCCGGCCCCGCUGCUGCCGCCGGUGCCGCCGCUCGGGGCCGCGGUGGCGGCCGCGGAGCUUUGAGCACCCGCCGGGGAACGGCGCUGUCAGCAGCCGGCCAGCCGACCCCCAUCCCCGGUCUGAGCCCGAAUUGGGGAGAGAGGAGGAGAGCGGCGAGCAGCGGCCAUGGGCAACGAGGCGAGCCUGGAAGGAGGAGAAGGGCUGGGAGCCUUCCCCGAAGGGGCGGCGGCGGCUGCCGGGGAUGGCGGCGGCCCCGCGGCCCCUUUGCAGCGCCUGGUGCCGGCCGGCGUGGAGGCGGACCUGAGCCAGCUGAGCGAGGAGGAGAGGAGGCAGAUCGCCGCUGUCAUGUCAAGGGCGCAGGGGCUGCCCAGAGGGAACCUCGCCGGCGCGGAGCCGCCUUCCAUGCAAAGACAUCCUGAGCUUGAUACAAGCCACCAUCCCAGACAGCCAAGCAAGCCUCCAGAUCCAGGACCAGGUUUAAGUAAAAGCAGAACAGUAGAUGUGCUGAAGACAGAACAACGGGCACCUGGACGGAGCCCUUCUUCUAUUAGUCUAAGGGAAUCAAAGUCCAGGACUGAUUUUAAAGAAGAUCAGAAGCCAAGUAUGAUGCCCAGUUUUCUCUCAGAAGCCAAUCCAUUGAGUGCAGUCACUUCAGUUGUGAACAAAUUCAAUCCUUUUGAUUUGAUAUCAGAUUCAGAUACAGCCCAUGAAGAAGUCGGUAGGAAACAAAAGGUUAUCCAGAAAGAGCAGGGGAAACCUGAGGAGCAGAGGGGCAGUGCAAAACUUCCGUCUCAGCAACAGUCUCCAAAGCCAGUGCAGCCACAAGGACAUGUCAAACCUACCCCUCAGCAAAGUGAGUCUUCCAAAGCAGUGCCUCAGCAGCAGCAACCUGGGGAGCCAAAGCAAAUUCAGAAACCAGGCCCUGGUCACCCAGCAGACUCUAAGCUAGAACAAGUGAAACAACCACCCCAGCCGCGAGGACCACAAAAAUCUCAACCCCAACAGUCAGAACCAACAAAGCCUGUUCAGCAACAAACUUCUGCAAAACCUUCAGCGGGCCCAGCAAAACCAUUACCACAGCAGCCAGACAGUGCUCGAACAUCAUCCCAAGCGCCACCUCCUGCAAAACCAUCAUCACAGCAGCUGGGACCUGUAAAACAAUCAUCUCAACAGCCGGCAAGGCAAGGAGGUCCUGUCAAGCCAUCUUCCCAGCAAGCAGGGCCUCCGAAACAGCCUUCUCAGCAACCUGGACCUGAAAAGCCAUCUACUCAGCAAACGGGACCUGCAAAGCAACCACCGCAGCCUGGACCUGGGAAGCCACCUCUGCAGCAGGCCGGGCCUGUAAAACAAGCACCACCACAGUCUGGGCCUACAAAACCACCACCUCAGACUGCGGGGGCCACAAAGCCCCCAGCACAACAGCCAGGAUUUACAAAACCAGCAGGCCAGCAACCAGGGCCUGAAAAACCCUCACAGCAAAAGCAAGCCAGUGCAACUCAACCUGAUGAAUCUGCCCCAAAGAAAACCUUUUGUCCUCUUUGCACUACCACUGAACUGUUGCUGCACACUCCAGAAAAGGCCAAUUACAAUGCAUGCACGCAGUGUCAUACUGUAGUCUGCAGUCUGUGUGGAUUUAAUCCUAAUCCUCACAUAACAGAGAUUAAAGAAUGGCUCUGUUUAAACUGUCAGAUGCAAAGAGCGUUAGGUGGUGACUUAGCACCAGGUCAUGGUCCUGGGCCACAGCUGCCUCCACCCAAACAGAAGACACCUACUCCACCUUCAGCAGCUAAAACACCUCCUCAGCCACAGCCAAGUCAAAAGAAAGAUGCUUCCCCAAAACCUGACCCUGCACAACCAGCAGAACCUAAGAAGCCCCUGCCACAGAAAAAGCAACCAUCCAUGCCAGGGUCUCCCCCUGUAAAAGCAAAAACAUCCCGUGCUGAGCCUGCUGACACCUCCCAGCAAAUAGAUCCUACUCCAAAGUCUGAUCAGGCCAAGCCAGCACAGGCUGAAGAUAAGCAAAAACAACCCAGUAUACAGAAGCCUACAGCAGAUACUGUGCCUACCUCUGCAGCACCAGGGCUGAAACAGGAUUCGGCAGGUCCCAGGACUCCAGCAACUCAACAGAAAGUGACAGAUACCCCAAAGCCAGAGCUUGCCAAACCAUCACAGGAUACACAUCCAGCUGGGGACAAAACAGAUUCCAAACCGCUUCCACAAGUGUCUCGGCAGAAGUCAGAUCCCAAACUUUUAGCUCAGCCUGGGGCUAGAUCAGAGGCUAAAACCCAGAAGCCUGUUGAGCCAGCACAAGUGAAAGAUGAUCCUAAGAAGUUACAAACAAAACCAUCCACAAAGCCUGACACCAAACCAGCUCCCAAGGGCCUGCAACCAGGGGCAGGCCCCAAGCCUGUGCCGGCACAGCCAGCACCUCAACCCCAGCAGCCUCAGAAAACUCCUGAGCAGUCAAGGCGUUUCAGCCUUAACUUGGGAGGCAUCACUGAUACCCCUAAGCCUCAGCCUACGACACCACAGGAAACAGUUACUGGCAGACUUUUUGGAUUUGGAGCUUCAAUCUUCAGCCAGGCCUCCAAUUUAAUUUCCACAGCAGGUCAGCCGGGCUCUCAGACAUCAGGCCCUGCUCCAGCCGGUCCUGCUGCAAAGCAGCCCCAGCCUCCAGCACAGCCUCCAGCCUCCCAGGCACCCCCCAAAGAUACCACUCAGACUCAGCCUUCUCCAAAAUCUGUUCCUGCAAAGAAAGAAGCCAAGCCUCUUACGAGUGAAAAAAUGGAGCCAACAAAAGUGGAUAGUGUUUUAACAACUAAGGGAUCUGAUUUAGAAAAGAAACCUAGUUUGGCUAAAGAUAGCAAGCCUCAAGCUGCUGAAGCUAAGAAACCUGCUGGGCUGUCGGAACCGGAAAAGGCCAGCCAGCCUAAAGUGUCUUGUCCCCUUUGUAAAACUGGACUAAAUAUUGGUUCUAAGGAUCCCCCCAACUUCAAUACAUGUACAGAGUGCAAGAAAGUUGUGUGCAAUCUCUGUGGAUUUAAUCCAAUGCCACACAUAGCUGAGGUACAGGAAUGGCUGUGCUUAAACUGCCAGACCCAAAGGGCAAUGUCAGGACAACUUGGGGAUAUGGGCAAGGUGCCACUUCCAAAACCAGGCCCUUCACAACCAGUAUCUAAACCACCUGCAACUCCUCAAAAACAGCCUGUGCCUGCUGUCUCACAUUCCCCUCAGAAGACUUCCACACCGCCUACUCCAGCAGCCGCAAAACCUAAAGAAGAACCAGGCGUUCAGAAGGAAGUUCCAAAGCUUCAGCAGGGGAGGUUGGAAAAAACAUUGUCAGAUGAUAAAAUCCAGCAAGGAGUUCAAAAAGAAGAUGCAAAACUUAAGCAGAGCAAACUUUUCAAGACACCCUCAGCUGAUAAAAUACGUGUCUCUCAGAAGGAAGACCCCAGACUCCAGCAAACAAAACUGACAAAGACACCCUCAUCUGAUAAAAUUUUACAUGGAGUUCAAAAGGAGGAUACAAAAUUUCAAGAGGCAAAACUGGCAAAAACAUCUUCAGCAGAUAAAAUUUUGCAUGGAGUUCAGAAGGAAGACAUAAAAAUUCAAGAAGCAAAAUUGGCAAAGUUACCCUCAGCUGACAAAAUUCUACAUGGAAUUCAGAAGGAAGACCCAAAACUCCAACAGAUGAAAAUGGCAAAGGCACUAUCAGCUGACAAAAUCCAGCCUUCAGCUCAGAAGGAAGAUGCACAACUUCAGGAGGUGAAAUUGUCAAAGGCUGUUUCAGCUGAUAAAAUUCAACAUGGAAUUCAGAAAGAAGAUCCAAAUCUUCAACAUGUGAAAAUUGCAAAAGCUUCUUCAGUGGAGAAAAUCCAACAGGAAGCUCAAAAAGAAGAAUCAAAACUUCAGCAAGAAAAGCUGUCAAAGACACUUUCAGCAGAUAAAAUUCCUGCAACAGUAAGUCCAGAUCAAAAGAAAACUUUAAGCAAAUUUGAAGAAGAUAAAAAACCUCUGCUCCCAGAAAAGAAGGCACCGCAUUCCGAGGACAAAAAAGAGCAAAUUAUAGCUGAGGCAAAAGACCAUGUUGCUGUACAUAAGGGAGAAGUUGAAGCACCUUGUGAGGAACUGUAUGCAAAGAAACAAGAGGAUGCUAAGAAAGAGGAUUUGACAACUGGGAUUACCCAAAUGGUUUUGAAAGCUGAAAAAGCUGAGGAAGAAGAAACUCCCGUUCAAAUGUCACGUGUGCUAAGAUCUGACCAUGUGGAAACAGUGAGAGAAAAAAUGGAAAAGGAGGAUGACAAAUCAGACACAUCAAGCUCUCAGCAACAGAAAAGUCCACAAGGUCUGAGUGACACCGGGUAUUCUUCUGAUGGGAUAUCAAGUUCACUUGGUGAAAUUCCAAGUCAUAUCCCCAGUGAUGAAAAGGAUUUACUCAGAGAAUCUAGUAAAAAAGACCCUAUUUCACAAGAAAGUCCACCGAGCCCCUCGGAUCUAGCUAAAUUGGAAAGUACUGUCCUGUCUAUUUUGGAAGCUCAGGCAAGUACACUUUCUGAUGAAAAAUCUGUGAAGAAUAAAGAACUUUAUGAAACAUACAGUGAACAGACAAAAGAACAGCAUAAAACAAAGCCUUUGCCAGUCACUCCAGAAUCUUACAGUUCGGAUGAGGAAGACUUAGUAGCUAUUCAUGAAGGUGAAGGAACCAUUGUAGAAGAUGGCAAAGCAAGUGCUUCCUCCCAAGCUGAAUACAAGGAAGGAGAUGGAGGGGAUGACAUACCAGCAAGAAGGCAACGGUAUGAUUCUGUGGAAGAUAGCAGUGAGAGUGAAAACUCACCUGUCCCAAGGAGAAAAAGAAGAGCUAGUGUUGGUUCUUCAAGUAGUGAUGAGUACAAACGAGAUGACAGUCAGGGAUCGGGUGAUGAGGAAGACUUCAUUAGAAAACAAAUUAUAGAGAUGAGUGCUGAUGAAGAUGCCUCAGGUUCUGAAGAUGAUGAGUUCAUUAGAAAUCAGCUCAAAGAGAUCAGUGUAACUGAAAGCCAAAAAAAAGAAGAUGUGAAAAGCAAAGCCAAAGGAACUGCUGGAAAACAUAGAAGAAUGGCACGGAAAAGUAGUGCAGGCUAUGAUGAGGAUGCAGGAAGACGACAUUCAUGGCAUGAUGAUGAUGAUGAGACUUUUGAUGAAAGUCCAGAACCAAAGUACAGGGAAACUAAAAGUCAAGACAGUGAGGAACUUGCUGUAACAGGAGGAGGAGGUCUUCGGCGUUUCAAAACAAUAGAAUUAAAUAGUACAAUAACAAACAAAUAUUCUGAGGCUUCUGAACAACAGAAAGGUAUCUUAUAUUUUGAUGAAGAACCUGAGCUAGAGAUGGAGAGUCUUACAGAUUCACCAGAAGACAGAUCUAGAGGAGAAGGGUCUUCUAGUUUACAUGCUUCAAGUUUCACACCAGGUACAUCUCCCACUUCAGUGUCAUCACUUGAUGAAGACAGCGACAGCAGUCCUAGUCACAAAAAACUAGGAGGGGAGAGCAAGCAACAGCGCAAAGCUAGGCAUAGGUCACAUGGUCCUCUUCUUCCAACUAUUGAAGAUUCUUCAGAAGAAGAAGAACUACGGGAAGAGGAAGAAUUGCUAAAGGAACAAGAGAAACAGCGUGAGUUAGAACAGCAACAAAGAAAAAGUUCUAGCAAGAAAUCUAAAAAAGACAAGGAUGAACUGAGAGCUCAGAGAAGAAGGGAACGUCCAAAGACUCCUCCAAGUAAUCUUUCUCCCAUUGAAGAUGCAUCUCCAACAGAAGAAUUACGACAGGCAGCAGAAAUGGAAGAGCUUCACAGAUCUUCCUGUUCUGAAUAUUCACCUAGUAUUGAGUCAGAUCCUGAAGGAUUUGAAAUUAGCCCAGAAAAGAUAAUAGAAGUUCAAAAAGUUUACAAGUUGCCUACUGCUGUCUCACUAUACUCACCAACAGAUGAACAACCAGUUGGAGUUCCAAAAGAAGAAAGCAGUCAAAAGACAUUGAAAAGUGCUGAAGAGGUAUAUGAGGAAAUGAUACAUAAGACCCAUAAGGCCAAGCCAUUUCCAAUUUCAAAUGAAAAAGAUGAGGUGUUUGAAAAAGAAUCAUUAUAUGGUGGAAUGCUAAUAGAGGAUUAUAUUUAUGAAUCUUUAGUAGAGGAUACCUACAAUGGAACUAUUGAUACUAAUCUUGUAAUGAGACAAGAUGAGAAUAAUGAGUAUAUACAGCAGAGAGGAAAAGAGAAAAAAAUAAGAGCUUCAGAACAGAUCUAUGAAGAACCACAGAAAAUUACUGAUCUACAGGAAGACUACUAUAGUGUAGAGCCUUUACAUUCAAUUGUGCCUCAAGAAGAUAUUGUUUCUAGCUCUUAUAUUAUUCCAGAAAGUCAUGAAAUAGUUGUAUUAGACAGCACAGUAAAUUCCACUACUGAGGAAAAGCAGUUGUUAGAUGCAGAAGCUGCUUAUGAAGAGCUUAUGAAAAGACAGAGAAUGCAGCUAACCCCUGGGUCCAGUCCAACACAGCCAACUUCAGGUUUUGUUCCUACAUCUGAUACAAAGAUAUCUAGUGUUGGAGAAGCAGUGGAUAGUACAUCUUUAACGUCAAGCACUACUUCAGUAAUCUCAGAUGUAUCAUCUCUCAGUAGCACAGCACUUUCUAUUCCAGAUGUUAAAAUAACUCAGCAUUUUACAGCAGAGGAAAUUGAAGAUGAAUACUUAACAGAUUAUGCCAGAGAAAUUCAAGAAAUAAUUUCUCAUGAAACAUCAAUGUUGACAUACUCUGAAACAUCAGAAGGUGCUGCAUCAGUUUUACCCUCUGAUACAGCUUCCUUAACAUCAUCUACAUCUUCAGUUUGUACCACAGAUAGUUCAUCACCUAUAGAUAGUGCAACCACAGGUUAUGUAGAUACAGCAGAUGCUGUAAGUAAACUAGCAGAUUCUGAAGAUGUCAGGAUAAUAGCCCAAAUUCCCUUAACAUCUACAAAAGAGUACUCUGAGGUGAGCAUGCCUUAUGAAUCUGUUGCUGGAGCCACUAAAAGGCCAGCUAUAGCCUCAGAUAUGGAGAAGGUGGAUCAAGCUGCAGUUUGUUUGCCUGAAACUGCACCUUCAUUAGUGUCUACUACAGUUACAAAACCCCAGCAAUAUGCAACUGAUACCAUUACAUUUGAUACCUCCAAAGCAGAAAAGGUUGCAGCUAGAAAAAUGAAAAGUACAGUAGAGGCUGGCAUUGUCAAAAUUCAUCAUGAAGAUUUAAACAAAGAAUUGAGCGUUGAUAUGACAAAGAUUAAUUUGACUGGUGCUACAUCUGAGCAACCACCCACACAUAUAGCAUCAGUUCAAGUUAAAGAGCCUGCAUCAGAAACAUCUUCUGUACCUACUCCCAGUGUUGUAAGUAAGACCAGCAUGGUCUCUGUGCCUUCCUCAGCUCCUGUUCCAACAUCCAAAAUAUUUUCACUUUUUAGAAGCUCUUCUUUGGAUUCUUCUGCACAACCUUCUCCAUCCCCACCUACUCCUCCUCCACCACCACCUCCUCCACCAUUACCUCCACCUAUUUUACCCAAACCAGCCAUUUAUCCGAAAAAGAAGUCACAGAUUAAGACUCCAGUGACAACAGCACCCACAAUGGUACCUUCAGUCACAAGUGUUGCAACACUGGAGUCCACAGCUGUUUUAAAGAAUCAUGUGGUACCUAUCACAAAAACAUACACCCCAACACCACCUCCUGUACCACCCAAACCAUCCUCCAUUCCAGCAGGGCUCGUUUUCAGUCACAGGCCUACUGAGGUAACAAAACCUCCAAUUGCUCCUAAACCAGCGGUUCCUCCACUCCCAAUAACUGUUCAUAAGCCAGCAGAAACACAGGUGAAACCAAUAGGUUUGUCAUUGACUUCAACUAUGACUCUGAAUUUGGUUUCUUCAGCUGAAUACAAAAUAGCAUCUCCCACAUCCCCUUUGUCUCCACACUCUAACAAAUCAUCACCAAGGUUGACAAAACCCUCACAGGAAACCUAUGUUGUCAUCACAUUGCCAUCUGAGCCUGGAACUCCUACAGAAGCUAUCACUAGUCAGGCUGUUACCAGCUGGCCUUUAGAAGCACCUUCUAAAGAACAGAUUCCCCAGCCUAUGCAACCAAUUUUUACUCCAUCCAUGAAAGCUUUGGAAAUUCCGAGUAUGGCAGAUCAGAGUAUGUAUAUUUCAGCUGCUUUGCAAACUAUCCCUGUCACAACACAAUCAACUUUUGAAAAAGUACCUAGUUCAAAAUCAGAAGCAGUAACAACAGAGGUAGCCAAGACUACAGUGUCUGUAGCGAAGGGCCCGAUGCCCAGUGUUGGUUUAGGUAGUGUCGCUAUUACUAUACCUCCAGAACCAAUACAUAUAGUAGAUCAACCCAGGUAUAGAGAGAAUGGAAGAUUCCAUCCUUUGGGUGAUGUCAUUGAUCUUCGCACUUUAACUAAGAUGGAUAUUGAAGUGCGAGACAGCUGUAUGGAUCUGUCUGCUGUUUCCAUGGAUGUGAGAAGGCUAAUGCCAGCAAGUGACACAUGUGGGCGGCCAGUAAGUACAGUCCAGCCAGCUAUAAUAAAUCUUAGCACUACAUGUGUUGCAGAUCCUUCUCUGUCUGUAGUCACUGAGACAGUAACUGUCAUGACCUGCACUGCCACUGUAAGCUACACUACCAGUACAGACAGCCUCGUGGAUCUGGGACAUGCAAUGACAACUCCACUGCAGCUAACAACAUCAAAACAUUUUGAGCCUGCAUACAGAGUGACAGACAGCCAGACGUUCUCUGCAAGUAGAGAUGAAGUGCCAAUAAAUUUAUCCCUAGGUACUUCAACACAUGCAGUGACAUGGGCUACUACAAAGCCUGUUACUGUACCACCUGUUGGUGUUACAAAUGGUUGGACUGAUAUCUCGACUUCUCAGGAGCCAAUGGAGAGUGGAGCAGUUGACCUUAGCACUACAAAAUCCCACAGAACAAUAGUAACAAUGGAUGAAACUACUUCAGGUGUCAUAACUACAGUAAUAGAAGAUGAUGAAAAGCCUGUGGAUCUCACUGCAGGGAGAAGAGCUGUCUGCUGUGAUAUGGUUUAUAAAUUUCCAUUUGGUAGGAGCUGUACAGCACAGCAGCCUCCAACUACGCUUCCUGAAGAUCGCUUUGGUUACAGAGAUGACCAUUAUCAGUAUGAUCGUUCAGGAUCAUAUGGCUAUCGAGGAAUGGGAGGUAUGAAACCAUCUAUGUCUGACACGAAUUUAUCAGAAGCUGGACUGUUUGCAUACAAAAGCAAGAAUAGCUUUGAUUAUCGCGUUGGGGCAACUGAUGCAGCAGUAGAUCUUACUUCUGGAAGAGUUACUACAGGUGAGGUUAUGGAUUACUCAAGCAAGACCACUGGUCCUUACCCAGAGACUCGGCAGGUAAUUUCUGGCAUCGGUAUCAGUACACCACAGUAUUCCCAAGCAAGAAUGGUAUCAUCUCUGGGUUCCCCAUUCGGCGUUGGAAGUGUUUUGAGAUCAUCCAAUGGUGUUGUUUAUUCUUCAGUAGCAACUCCCAUCCCAUCCACAUUUGCCAUCACUACACAACCCGGUUCUAUUUUCAGUACAAGUGUCAGAGAUUUGCCUACUCUCCAAACAAUUGACUCAGUGCCCUCCUUAUCAACUUUGCAACAGAGUCAACCUCUCCCAAGGUCAUACAGUUUCUUGACAACAGUGGCAACGGAAAAAGAUGCAAUUACUGCCCUUGAUAUUGAGACAGGCUUGCCACCUCUUACUCUAGAAACUAUUGCCACUGAGCCAACUAACUUAAUACCUGCAACAGCAUCUGAAGUUUAUACAGAUGUAAUCGAAGAUGAGGUUGGUCUUCUCAUUGCCCCUGAAGAAGGCAAACAGCAACAGCUUGAUUUGGAGCGUGAACUUCUUGAGCUUGAGAAAAUUAAGCAACAGCGCUUUGCUGAAGAGCUGGAAUGGGAACGUCAGGAAAUUCAAAGAUUCAGGGAACAAGAGAAAUUUAUGGUACAAAAAAAGCUUGAGGAGUUGCAAUCCAUGAAACAUCAUCUCUUAUUUCAGCAAGAGGAGGAACGGCAAGCUCAGUUUAUGAUGAGGCAAGAGACUUUAGCACAGCAACAGUUGCAACUUGAACAAUUCCAACAACUUCAACAACAGCUCCAUCAACAGUUAGAGGAACAAAAAAUACGUCAAAUAUAUCAAUAUGGUUAUGACCCUUCAGGGACUGGCUCACCACAAACAACCACAGAUCAAACACUCCUGGAAGGACAGUAUGCAACCACAGAAAAUGGACAGUUUUGGCCUACUGAUGAUGUAACCACUACAGCUUCAGGAGUGCUGGGUAUUGAAAUUCCACAAAGCCAAACAUGGUAUACAGUUCAGUCAGAUGGCAUUACCCAAUAUAUACCUAGGUCUGGUAUCCUAAGCUCUGUUUCAGAAAUGUCUCUUAAGGAUAUUGAUGUUAGAGAGGAGAAGCAAUUGAAAAAGAGAAGUUCUAUGCCAAAAUUACGUGGUCCAUAUGAGGAGCUGGAUGAGACUCUGGAAGAUGAGCCCAGGUGUUUCAAAAAGAUAGUAGACAGUGGAGUGCAAACUGAUGAUGAAGACGGAGCAGACAGAGGUUACACAAACAGGAGACGGAGAACUAAAAAGAGUGUUGAUACAAGUGUUCAGACAGAUGAUGAAGAUCAAGAUGAAUGGGACCUUUCUAGCAGAUCCAGAAGAAAGCCUCGUGUAGGGAAAUACAGUGAGAGUACCACUGAGGCAGACAAAACUAAACAGUUCUCCAAAGUAUCUAGUAUUGCAGUUCAGACAGUAGCAGAGAUUUCAGUACAAACAGAACCUGUAGGAACAAUAAGAACACCUUCAAUCAGGGCCCGAUUGGAUGCUAAGGUUGAAAUCAUAAAGCACAUUUCAGCUCCAGAAAAGACAUAUAAAGGAGAAAGUUUGGGAUGUCAAACAGAGACAGAGUCAGAUACUCAAAGUCCCCAAUAUCUGUCAGCUUCAUCCCCCCAGAAAGAUAAAAAACGCCCAACACCAUUAGAAAUAGGCUACUCAGCCCACCUUCGUCCAGACUCUACACUGCAGGUAGUCCCUUCCCCUCCCAAAUCUCCCAAAGUUCUCUAUUCACCUAUUUCACCUGUUUCACCAAGCAAAGUUAUCGAGUCAGCAUUUGUACCCUAUGAAAAACCCAUCACUGAUGACAUCAGCCCUCAGAAGAUGCUACAUGCUGACAUUGCCAAGGUUCCUCCAUCAAGCCCAAAGGCGGCAAAGAUGAUGCAACGCUCUAUGUCUGAUCCUAAGCCCCUGAGUCCCACAGCAGAAGACAGUUCCAGAGCUCAGUUUCAGUACACUGAGGGUUUCAUGACAAAAGGUUCUUCAAGCAUUACUCCAUCUGGCACUCAGAAGAAGGUGAAGAGGACUCUGCCCAACCCACCUCCAGAGGAAGCAACAGCAGGAACUCAGUCACCAUAUACUUCUGUGGGAUCCGUUUCACGCAGAAGGAUUUGCAGGACCACCACUAUGGCCAGAGCCAAAAUUCUUCAGGAUAUAGACAGGGAAUUGGAUCUGGUUGAACGGGAAUCCGCCAAGCUUAGGAAAAAGCAAGCAGAGCUAGAUGAGGAGGAGAAAGAAAUAGAUGCCAAAUUGAGAUACUUGGAAAUGGGCAUUAAUAGGAGGAAAGAGGCCUUAUUAAAAGAAAGAGAAAAGAGAGAGCGUGCCUAUCUCCAAGGAGUAGCAGAAGAACGUGAUUAUAUGUCAGACAGUGAAGUUAAUAAUACCAGGUCAACAAGAAUAGAAACUCAACACGGCUUGGAAAGACCACGUACUGCACCCCAAACAGAAUUUAAUCAGUUUAUUCCACCACAAACCCAGCCAGAAACACAGUUUGCCCCUGCUACAAGCCCAUAUGCUCAAUAUCAAUAUUCAUCUCCUGCCCUGCCUACACAAGCACCAACUCAGUUCACACAGCAAUCACAUUACCAACAACAGCAGCCUUUGUAUCACCAGCAGGUUUCACCCUAUCAGACCCAAACAGCUUUCCAAACUGGAGCUACUAUGUCCUUUACUCAACAGGCUCAACCUCCACCAACUCAACAGCCGUCAUAUCAGCUCCCAUCACAGAUGAUGGUGAUACAGCCAAAGCCGAGACAAACUCCAUUAUAUUUGGAGCCUAAGAUAACAACAAACUAUGAUGUGAUUCGCAAUCAGCCUCUCAUGAUAGCACCAGUUUCAACUGACAAUAGUUAUGCAGUUUCCCAACUAGGUAGUAAAUACUCUACCUUGGACUUAAGGUUAGGACUAGACGAGAGAAACAGCAUGGCAAGCAGCCCUAUAUCAAGCAUAUCUGCAGAUUCAUUCUAUGCAGAUAUAGACCACCACCAUACACCCCGAAAUUAUGUGCUGAUUGAUGACAUAGGAGAACUUACUAAAGGAACAGGAACACUGGGUUCCAGUUUUAGCCUCCAUGAGAAAGAUCUUACCAAAACAGAUAGACUACUUCGCACAGCUGAGGCCAGGAGAGCACAAGAAGUAUCAGACUUCCUAGCACCACUGCAGACUUCUUCUAGGUUACAUUCCUAUGUUAAAGCUGAUGAAGACCCAAUGGAGGACCCUUAUGAGCUCAAACUUCUGAAACAUCAGAUAAAGCAAGAGUUCCGUAGAGGUGCAGAAAGUCUUGAUCACUUGGCUGGCCUGUCACAGUAUUACCAUGCGGAGGGUAGCUACAGGCAUUUUCCCAAAUCUGAGAAAUACAGCAUAGGUAGGCUUACCCUUGAGAAACAGGCUGCUAAGCAGCUUCCAGCAGCCCUCCUCUACCAAAAGCAGUCAAAACACAAGAAAACUUUGAUAGACCCCAAACUAACAAAGUUUUCACCCAUCCAAGAAAGCAGAGACCUUGAGCCUGACUAUUCAACCUACAUGACUUCAUCAAGCACUUCAUCACUUGGGGGAAUUACUACUAGGGCAAGGCUUCUUCAGGAUGAUAUCACUUUUGGCCUUAGAAAAAACAUCACUGACCAACAGAAGUACAUGGGGCCACCACUGACUUCAUCCAUUGGAGCAGGCCUUGGGACCGCACUAGGUCCAGCAAUGAGAUCCACAUUACAAGAUGAAGCAGACAAGUCUUAUAGCAGUGGUAGUAGAUCUAGGCCCUCAUCUAGACCCUCCUCAGUUUAUGGGCUUGAUUUGUCAUUGAAAAGGGAUUCUUCCAGUUCUUCUUUAAGACUGAAAGCCCAAGAAGCUGAACCCCUAGAUGUUUCGUUUAGCCAUGCAGCACCUUCUGGAAGAACUAAACCCACCAGUCUACCUAUUAGCCAAAGCAGGGGAAGGAUCCCAAUAGUAGCACAGAAUUCAGAGGAAGAGAGCCCACUAAGUCCCGUUGGCCAGCCAAUGGGAAUGGCAAGAGCAGCAGCUGGACCCUUGCCACCAAUAUCUGCAGAUACCAGGGACCAGUUUGGAUCGAGCCAUUCAUUACCUGAGGUCCAGCAACAUAUGAGGGAGGAGUCACGGACUCGAGGCUAUGAUCGAGAUAUAGCCUUCAUCAUGGAUGACUUCCAGCAUGCCAUGUCAGACAGUGAAGCCUAUCAUCUGCGUCGUGAAGAAACAGAUUGGUUUGACAAGCCCAGGGAAUCUCGUUUGGAGAAUGGACAUGGUCUGGACAGAAGGCUGCCAGAGAAGUUGUCCCACUCUCGACCACCAAGUCAACAUCAAGAUCAAAUUAGCUGCCAAAUAAAUGGGAAGCCCCUGCAGUAUAUUUUCCCUCAUGCAAGGCUCAAACUACUGAGAGACCCAAAGGAUCACACAGUUUCAGGCAAUGGACUGGGUAUCCGAAUCGUAGGUGGAAAAGAAAUUCCAGGAAGCAGUGGGGAAACUGGAGCUUACAUUGCCAAGAUCUUGCCUGGGGGCAGUGCAGAGCAGACAGGGAAGCUGAUAGAAGGAAUGCAGGUGCUGGAGUGGAAUGGCAUCCCCCUGACUGGAAAAACCUAUGAAGAAGUCCAGAGUAUUAUUAUUCAACAAAGUGGGGAAACAGAAAUAUGUGUAAGACUGGACCUGAACAUGCUCUCAGAUUCUGAGAAUCCCCAGCACCUGGAACUGCAUGAGCCGGUAAAGGCAGUAGAUAAAGCGAAGUCCCCUGGGGUUGAUCCCAAGCAGCUGGCUGCAGAGCUACAAAAGGUUUCCCUACAGCAGGCACCUCUGGUUGCUUCCUCGGGAGUGGAAAAGGCAUCACAUGUUCAUUCUGGAACCACUUCUGCCACCUCCAGCGCUAUUCCCAGCCCUGGUCAGCCUGGUUCUCCCUCAGUCAGCAAAAAGCGACAUGGCAGCAAGCCCACUGAAGGUACAAAGUCUGCUUCCCAUCCAAUUACUGGAGAAAUUCAGCUUCAAAUCAACUAUGACAAACACCUUGGCAACCUUAUCAUCCACAUCCUUCAGGCAAGAAACCUUGCUCCCAGAGACAAUAAUGGCUAUUCUGACCCCUUUGUUAAAGUUUAUCUUCUUCCAGGGAGAGGACAAGUCAUGGUUGUCCAAAAUGCAAGUGCUGAGUACAAGCGAAGAACUAAGUAUGUGCAGAAAAGCUUGAAUCCUGAGUGGAAUCAGACGGUCAUUUAUAAAAAUAUCUCUGUGGAGCAGCUGAAAAAGAAAACACUGGAAGUGACUGUCUGGGAUUAUGAUAGAUUCUCAUCGAAUGACUUCCUUGGUGAAGUAUUGAUUGAGUUAUCCAGUGUCUCUCAGCUUGACAACACUCCUCGGUGGUACCCUCUGAAAGAACAGAGUGAAAACAUUGAUCAUGGGAAAUCUCAUUCUGGACAGAGUAGCCAGCAAUCGCCAAAACCAUCUGUCAUCAAGAGCAGAAGUCACGGAAUCUUCCCAGAUCCCUCUAAGGACAUGCAGGUGCCCACCAUCGAGAAAUCCCACAGCAGUCCAGGGAGCUCCAAAUCUUCUUCUGAAGGACAUCUACGCUCCCAUGGGCCAUCCCGCAGCCAAAGCAAAACCAGUGUCACUCAAACCCACCUUGAAGAUGCUGGGGCAGCCAUUGCUGCUGCUGAAGCAGCUGUCCAACAGCUUCGUCUUCAACCAACAGCACAUAAAAGCGGUCAGUCUAAUCAUGCCAGGAAGCAGCACAGACACAGCAUAGCAGGAGUCCUCCCUAUUCAAAGAACUCAGUCUGACAAUCUGCCUCCACCAGCCAAUGACAACAAAGACCAAAGCCAACUAGCCCUCAGGAAAGUGAUGUCUGACGGACCAGUCAAGCCUGAAGGAGAAAACAAAACAAAACAAAACAAGAACCUUCAGUCAUUCUGAGAAUGCCUCAGAGAAAUCUUUCUCUACUUCUGGACCUAGAACCUGAACCUAGGACUAUUGGAUUUAUUUUGUUACUUAUUAAUUGUAUGUUUGACAAGAAAUGAAAAGGAAAUCAUAAACAAAAACAGUAUCCACAGUAUACAUACAGUAUUUUGUGAAUGCAUGGGCCUUGCAUCACCUUACGUUUGUUGUAAUGAUCUAUUUCUGUACUAUAUUAAUACUAUAUUCUGAAUUUAUUUUAAACAGUAAAAAUGUAUUUUAAGUGAUCUGUUUUACAUUUAAGGUGAAGAUACAACAGAAGUCAUUGGUCUUUGUUCAGCAUGUUUGUAAAAGCCAAUAGUCAACUACAACAUUUAAUUAAAAAUAAACCCUGAAGUACAAUUUCCUUGCUGCCUGUGAGAGAUAAGAGUGCAAUCUGCAGAGAAACCAAUUGCAUACAUUCCACUCAUACCCUUCAGAGAGGAACAAUAAAAUUUCAGAGCAAAACCUUUGAAGCUAAAAGUUGCAAGGGAUCCAAGCCAGAGGGAGACAGCAGUGCUUAGGUUUGAGUUAAUUUGAAUUUGUUUCUGCGAAAAAAAUUGGAUCACUGCCAAUUACACAUUCACAUAAAAUAAGCAUUCCUUUCAACAUAAGCUGAGUAUUAGGGUUUAUCCACCAGACAAGUCAGUUUUCAAGAUGGACUGAUAGUCCACCUCCUUCUAAGUCAAUAACUUAACCCACUGAAGGAUCAUGCCCAUUAUGUAGAAUUUAUUGGUAGGUCACUUAUGUUUUAAAUAAAUAUAAUUAUCUGUUCUUCAGAUCACUAAGCAGUUACAGAUAUUCAGAUGAAAAAUAUUUUUUUUUCUGGGUGUAUGCAGGUAGGCAUAUCUGAAAUAUAGUUAUUUACCUAUUUUAUAUAAGGCCUUUUCAAAGACAGGUUUUUUUUUUUGUUGUUGUUUUUUUUUUAAGUGAACAACAUGCUUUAGUUUUUAUUACUCCCAGUGAGACAAGUUAGAAGGACAAUGCACAACAAAAUUUCCCUUCAACAUCAGAGUAAAAAGUAAAAACAUUCACCAAUUGGAGCACAGUAAAUUAAUAUCUAAGUAGCUAAACCCAAAUAUUAUUGUAGUCAUAUCCAUUUUUUUCUACACUUUCAAACAGGCACUCAUGAGAGAGAAGCUGAGUCAAUAUCUUCUUGCUAGAACAUGAUGCAUUUCAAGAGAUCAGAGCUUUUAGCUGCCUUAGUAUGCACCUCCUUUUCUAUUUGGCACACAUUAAAAAACAAAAACAAAACAAUAAACUAAGCAAAUAACAACACCAACAACAAAACAAAACAAAACAAAACACCAGGAGGAAAGUACUGCUUUGCUCCUGACCUGAAUUUGUUAGCAAAUCUUCAAGAUUUAUUAAAAAACAUUGUAUUUCAGUUCAAUGUCCAAACACACCUGUUGGUACCACUAUCACUAGGAGGUGGGAACUAUUUAAUGUGGUACACACAAUAUAUUUCUACAGCAACUUUUAUCUAUGUUUCCUACAUUUUAUUCAGUAGAUAUGUUCACCUAAUCUGAUAAAGAUUUUUCAUAGAAUCAUAGAGUCAUAGAAUGGCUUGGGUUGGAAGAGACGUUAUAGAUCACCUAGUUCCAAUUGCCGUGACAUGGGCAGGGACACCUCCCACUAGACCAGGUUGCUCAAAAUCCUAUCCAGCCUGGCCCUGAACACUUCCACUUUUUCAGCCUCUGACAUUUUAAAAUCACAGAAUUUUCUGAAAACUUCCAAUACUAACUAAUGUCUGUUUCCCAUCUCACACAGAAAAUUUUAUAUUUUACAUUUUCUACUGUGACCCAAAAGCUUUAUUUGUGAUACCAUAAGAGGAUACUACUUCCCAAAUAAUUGUGUGUCAAAUGAUUAUAUUAUUCAGAGAAAGGUCUACCAUCAUACCUAACACUGGUGACUUCCUGUAAGAAUAAAUGAACUGUGCAUCAGCAUUUUAGUAAUUGUAUCUAGAUAAGUCCAUCAAAUUAUACCUCUUGAAGACCCUCAGUUCGAAACACCUUAACUCAAAAGGCAGCAUGCCUGCUUUUGGCUUCUUUGGUCAACCAACUUUGACAAGAUUUCACUUGAGUGUCAGCAUAGCAGCAGGUUAAAGCUACACAAAUAUUAGAUGUGACAUAUGUACCAACAAUGUAUUGGUAGCACUGUAAAAUCUGUGAUACAUGUCUGAGCGGGCACUAUGUAAUUUCUAGCCACUUAGAUGUAAAAAAAUAAAAAAUAUAAUUUGACAGGAACUGUCUUAACUUCUAUUUACUGGUGUUAGCAACGAUGUAGAGUGAAAGGAAAUUGAUUCCUAGGUUCUAUAAAUCUUUUGGAUUGGGUUGACUGUGGAUUUAAAUGCCUUCUUACUUGUGCUCCCUUUAGGCCUAUACCUAUUUUCCCGCUUCUAAUAAGCAAUAUUUAUAAAUUUAUAAACUUCUAAUAAGCAAUAUAAUAAAUAUUUUCAUUUUUAUAAAACAGUAAUUUAGGAUGCUUUCUUCACACUUACAUAAUUUACUGCCCUAAGCUGUUUUAUGACUAGCUUCACCAGUCUCGUAAUUUCCCAGAUAAAUGGGCUUUAAUAUUGCUGCAAAUAACCAAUUUCCAAGAAUCACUACCAAAACAAGAACAGUAUGUCCUCACUCUCUGCAGGCAGCAAUAAUCUGAGGCUGUCUUUUGAGGCUUGUUUCAGUCUAAAAGCUGGCACAUUUUGCUUUGGUUAUUCCUGCUAUCCACCAUUGGUUAUUUGGUUAUUCCUGCUUCCACCAUUUUAAGAUGACAUGCAAUUUCAGGAAAUUGCUCAGAUUCUUCAUUUGAUAACUCCCAUUUCAAAAGUCUGUUAGAAGGUAGCCUAAGCCUAUGGAGCACAAGGAAGACAAUUAUUUCAUCAGAAUUUCUUUGCUGGGUAAAGAAAUAUCAUCACCGCAUUUUCAGAUGACUGCUAUUCUGCCACCAUUACUCAUUUCAAAUGGUAAAUUGCUCUGCAAAGAGUUGAACUGAAAUUUCACAAAAUAUCCAAAAUAUCACUACUCAGUGUGUGGUCAAAGCUGUGCCUAAUACACAAAUGAGGUUGCAGUAGGUAAGACCAUGAUCUAAAAUACUGUUGAGUAUGAGGAAGAAUUCUGAAUACCAGAACUGACCUGGUUCAUAUCCCUUGGUGAUGGAUUAUUCAUUAUUUAUCCACACUCAGUUCCCAAAAGAUGGAGCUAUCAGUCCCGACAAAAGGAUUUCAUUCUGCAGAACUCCACAGAGCAAGCCAGAGCAGUACUUGCUCUUAGUAUGAGCAACCAUUUCUUGAAAGUAUGUAAAUAGGCAUUUGGCAGCAGCAAGAGCUUGAAGUACUUGAAACAGAAGCCAAGUGAGAAUGGAGAGUAGACAAGCUUCUGUCAGAAGACUGUGCGUGUGACAUGCGCUGUUGUUUAGCAGAAAAAUUUCCAAAGUAGAUUUGUGAUUUCACCUGCUUCCAUGGAGUUACAUUACUCUGAGGAAACAGAAUGAUACUAUCAGCCUUCUUUGUUACUCAGGGCUUUUCACAAGACUGCAAGUUUUGGAGAACUCUUAGAACUGUUUUAUUUAGAACUUUUUUUUUUUUUUUUUUUUUUUUUUUUUUGUCUAUUUGUUUUGUUUUGUUUUCCCAACCAAUUACAGGCAAAGUCUCAAAACUUAUUCCCGAAGUCCUGCUCAAAAGCAAUUUUCCAUCCUCCUGAUUGGUUUACAAACAGAAUUGUUUCAAUGUGUUUUUAUAGUUUGGUUUUGGCUUCUAGACAGAUACCUGUGAAAGGAACUACACAAUUGAAAGGAAGAGAACACAAUUUCUGCAAUUUAAUGACCUGUUUUUUAAUUCUAAAAAUUAGUCCCAUUUUUUAAUUCUAAAUCUUUAUUUUCAGCUUUUGUUUUUAAUGUCCACUCACUGUAGAAGAAUAGCUGCAGGGUCUGACAGCCUUGGAUUCUUUCUAUUUUGCUAAUGACUGAUUUGACUCGUCAUAGCUAUAGUCUUAUGUGAAUUGUCUCUCUUAUGUUGUGUUUAAUAAAACCAUCUUCUCUACUGUAAAAAAAAAUAAUAGACUUUUCUAAAAAAAAAAAAAAAAGAUACAAUCAUAUCACCCAUCUUUUUUUUUAUUGAAUUUUAUUAUUAAUAUUAUUAUUUUUUAUACUAAGGCAUGAGUUACAUGUUUUCCCUGGAUAAAAAAAGUUUUCUGACUGGGCCCAUAAGCCAAAGCACAAUCAAAAAUACAAACAGAAAUCUUUUUUUUGCCAUUCAAGCACAUGCAUUCAACUAAUACUGCAGUAAGAAUAAUAAAUUAUUCUUACUUACAGUAAGCGGUAGCACACACUUUUUUUUUUUUUU